CAUACAUAAUAUGGAGUAUUUCUUAAAAAAAUUGGUGCAUAAUUUUAUAUUUGAAUUGAUGUUUCAUUCGAGUAUAAUUUUUUUCAACCAUGGAAAAGAUAUUCGAAUAGUUAAUAAUUUGACUUUAUUUGGUUUAGUAUCAUUAUUAACCUUCCGUUAGGCGCGCGCGCCUGACAGGUGCAUUCUUAUCUUGUUUAUGUUCCCUGCACGAGGUCGUGUGUCGGGGAGGGGGCUGCUAUCGUCUAGCUUCCUAACUUUUGUUUCUUCUUUGGUUAGUUCAUGCAUGACUGUUGACGGAGUUACUUCAAGGCUGUGGCAGCCAUUUUCACCCUGCAGGUGCAGCGCGACUACUGACGAUGGCUGGGAAAAAAAUAAUUUAUAACUUGGAUAAUCCUGAAGACGUCAAGAAAAUCCAUAGUAUGCUGUUUGAUGAUACUUCGGGAGAUGAGGACUUUGGAGAACAAUCUGAUUCUGAUAGUGAAGAUCAGAUACACAAGCGAGAGGAAAAUUCAGACACUGAGCAAAGCUGUAAUGAAUCAGAUGGUGAUGAUCCCGGUAAUGCAUCUUACUACAUGGCAAACCAUAAGAAAAAUGGUAAGAUCGUCGAUUCGUACCAAUGGAACAAAUGCCCAUGUCCGAACAAGAGGAGAAGAGGUAAGCAAAAUUUGUUAUUACACAUCCCUGGGGUUAUAGGAACAGCAAUGAAUGCUGAAACCAUUUUAGAUACCUGGCUUAUUCUUUUUGAUGAGUCAAUACUCGACUCUGUUGUUGCAUGGACAAACCAACAUAUUGAACUUGUAAGACCUCAAUUUAAUCGCCUCAGAGAUGCACGUUCGACGGAUGUAAUAGAGAUGAAGGCUUUUAUGGGUUUGUUGUACCUAGCUGGUGUGUAUCGUGGGUCACGCCUGAACUUAGAAGACCUUUGGGAUCCCUCUGGGGAUGGUGUUGAAACAUUUAGGCUCACCAUGUCCUUAAAACGCUUCCGAUUUUUGAUGAGGUGUAUUCGAUUUGACAACAAAGAGACGAGAAAUGAAAGGAAAGAACUAGAUCGAAUUGCACCAAUACGAGAAUGUUUUGAAACAUUUGUUGCUAAUUGCCAGAAAAGUUACUCUCUUGGAGAGAAUGUCACACUUGAUGAAAAAUUAGAAGCAUUUCGGGGUCGUUGCGGUUUCCGCCAGUACAUUCCCUCCAAAACCUGCCAAAUAUGGAAUCAAGAUCUUUGCACUUGUAGAUUCCAAAAUGUAUUACACUUUCAACAUGGAAGUAUAUGCUGGGAAACAACCAGGUGGACCGUAUGCUGUCAGUAAUCAUUGUACAGAUGUUGUUCAUAGGAUGGUAUCGCCCAUAGUCAACUAAGGACGAAAUGUUACUACUGAUAAUUGGUUCAGUGAUGUUCCACUUUUGAGUGAUCUGGUCGAUAAAAAACUAUCCCUUGUUGCCACACUGAAAAAAAAUAAAUGGCAAAUCCCUGACGUAUUCAAACACAUGGCUAACAGAAGUGAAAAGUCUAGUAUAUUUGGAUUCAGAAAAGAAGGGACUUUAGUUUCCUAUGUUCCUAGGAAAAACAAAAAUGUAUUUCUCAUAUCCAGCCUUCAUUUUGACGAUGCAAUCGAUGAUUCUACUGGGCCUUCAAAAAAACCGGACAUCGUAACAUUUUACAAUGAAACUAAAGGUGGUGUGGAUACGGUGGAUAAAUUGUGUGCAACGUAUAACGUGGCGAGAAAUGCUCGGCGGUGGCCUUUGGUAAUAUUUUUUGCUAUGCUCAAUGUGGCCGGUAUCAACGCACAAGUCAUUUACUCUGGAAACGGUUAUGUUGUAGCCAACCGCAGGACAUUUUUACGCCAACUUGCCAAAAGUCUUGUUUCAGAAGAAAUGACACGACGCAGUGCUGAAAAACAGAAUUUACACAUAACACUUCGGCACAGAUUGACAGAAGUAACCAAGCAGCCUCUCAAGUGUAGGGAAUCGAACAGCAAAUCACAAGAGAUGAACGACCAAAACAAUAAAAGGAAAUUGUGUGAGCCUUGUCGCGAAGACAAACAACGCAAAAAUACCAAAUAUUGUUGCGCUACUUGUGGCAAAUAUUUGUGUUUGAGUCAUGUCACUAUUAUUUGCAAAGAUUGUUAUGAAUGUAAGACAUCUUCUGCAGAUGAUGGUUUGGAAGUUGAUAGUGAAUAAGUGCAAAAGGCCUGUGAGUUGGUGAAAAAAAGACAGCUGAAAAACAAACAGUGUCUGCAAUUUUUAUAUUUUAUGUGUUCUCUGAAUUUUUAGUGCUUUUGUUUUUUCAUUUUAUCAUGCUAUUUUACUUCAAAACAUAUUUCCAUCUGGACUCAUUUAUACGAGAAGAAAAGUUUGUAUAUUACCUAUUAAUUUCACAAAGAUUUGGAUUGUGUAUGUACCAAAUAAGAAGUGUAAAUAAUGCAUGGAAUUAAUCGAAAUAUAAGAACUUACAUAUUUCAUAACAUAUCUCACUAAAUUAUGUUUUAUUUAAAUACUGAAAAAUAAUUUUAAAAUAUUAUACCUGAAUUUCUUUGUUACUGAUCUACAGCUAUUGUUUUGGAUUUUUUAUGCAUUUAUACUGUGGUAAUAUUAACAAUAAAUUAUGAAGAUUCUUAUGUUAAAUAAAUUUUAAAUUUACAUUUUAAAUCUUUACAUAUAUACAGUUCAAAUUUACAUGGUAUUGUAAUGAAACUCUUCAGUAGUGGGGAUUUAUGUUGGUGGAAAUAGGAGGAGCACCUCACAGGUGCAUUGCGCCAAUCCAUGUUUGAAACAUAGGUGCGCCUAUCGGAAGGUUAACAUGCUAAGUCAAAACUGGAACACUAUUCAGGGAUCUGUUUACAAAUAUCUUUAACUACUGGAGGUACUGGGACAACACAAGACGUAAAUACAUGGGUAAGAAUCCGAACCCAGAAUUACUGCGAACAUUUUUUUUAAUGAUUU